CGGCCAUUUGCUUUUAACGACGUAAAGAAGUUAACCAAUGAAAUGGAUUUUUUUUUAGUAAAUAUUUGUCCACCGGUUGAGACCUAUGCGUGAACAACUAACGGACCUACUGGUCUUGAAGAUGUCAGCUGAAGAAAAAUCGAUGUCUGGGAAGCUUGUGACUGGUAAUGAUGGUAACUUCAUGCUUUUACUUGAUCCAUUAUCUGAAGACAAGGCAGUAUUUACGAGCGUCAGAUGUGGUUCAAAUUCUGAACUGCCGUCGAAUACUGAAUCAACUGACAGUUCCAAAAUAGUGAACCUGACAGCAACAGAUAUCACAAGCAGUCACAGGCAGAAUGGAAGACAUUUUCAUGAUACAUUUUUACCAAACGUACAAAAAAAUACUGGCCUUAAUAUGCAACAAUCGAUAGGAUCAGUGAGGACAUUAGUGCCCUCUUGCACUACUACUAUGCCGAUGGUUUCAUCAUCAGCAACAGUUAAUAUUGCAGUUUCGGGGCAUUCCACUGGAACAUGUGCUGUUCCAUCUGGUGACAGUUUAAGUAAUAUACAAAACGUGCAUUCCAAGUUGAUUCCAAACAGCUCUUUUAUUAAUACUGGCGAAAAGUUUUAUUUUCCCACUAGCACACCCUUGAUGACAAUGCCAACAAGUAAGGUGGGUCAACCGUUAACUUCUAGUAUACUCUCAACGCCUGUGAUGCCGGCAAGCAAAUCUAUAAAUAGUAUUCCAACACAGUGCUGUCUGACAGCUUCAAAUAUGUUACAAUCCAUUGUACAAGCCGGAUACAGUGCAACACAAGUGGGUAACAAACAGGCGACUCGUCCAAAGAUUGUGACCAACUACACAACGAUGCCAAAGCAGAAUGAGAGUCGUGAGCGAAAUAUACAGGUGGUAUAUCCUUCCACAUUGAAUUCUUUAAAAGGGGUGAAACCAAACGUGAUCAUUAUACCAAGUACGACAGCACAAAGCACAGUGGUGACGACAAAGCCAACUGCAGUUCCCUCGACAAUCUUUUCGCACAGUGCUGCAGCAAUCAUGAAUCCUUCACAAGGCAUAUCAGUAGCUGUACCACCAACCACUUCUUCUCAGCCACACAUUUUUCCUUUGCCUGCUACACGGUCAUUGUUAAUUUCUCCAGUAGUUUCGUCUUCAGUGCCACAGACGUCAGUGAUUAUUCCUCCAUCUGUACCCAUCGUAAAGCAAGUGACAGCAAAUAGUACUGGCUUUGCAAACAUUAUCCGCAGAAAUCCGGUAGUUACAUCUGCACAAGGCUCCAAUUUGAAGACGCACAAUCCUUGCACAUCUGUUCCUGUUACUUCAAGGACAGCACCAUCUAAAAAACACACUUUAAUUAUCUCCAGUAAUCCCCAAUUUUCUAAUACAGAUCAGGUAGUACUUAAAAGUAUUUGCCCCAGUCAACCAGUUAUUUUGAAAUUGGCAUCUGGUGCCAAAGUUCCAAUACCUGCAGAAACCAUUCAAAGCAUUAGCAAAUCAAAGUCUUCUGUUGCCCAUAUUGUGAUAACAUCUCCUCCAAGAGCAAGUGUUGCAGGGAAAGAAAAAAUGGCUGACAACUGCAUUUCUGCAGUUCAUACAAAACAGUUUGAUAAAGCAGGUAGCCUGUCAGUCACCACAUCCAGUAAUCAAGAACGUGCAUUUCCUCCACUGCAGAUAAGUAAUAUAUCCUCCCUACCCAAUCACAAUUCUACAUCCAUAAAUGUGAAGACAACAAAAUGCCAGGAAAAAGUAACACAAUCGGGACAAGUUACUGUAAUCCCCGAAAACAAGUCUGGGAUCACAUGUAGCACGAAACUAGCUGACUCGCUGGAUCCAUGCUACCCUGUACUUGAAAAACUAAGUGACAGGCAAAUAGCUCACAUUAUGUCAUCUGUAGCAGAGCAGAAGCGUGGCAAGUGUAGACGAAAACUAAGAAGUAGAAACCGACCUGGUGAUUUGAGUGUUGCUCUUGAACGAAAGUGUUCUUCUUAUUGCAGACAGCGCACUUUGAAAUUUCUUUGUAGACUUGGGAUGCUUAAGUGUCGGAAAGUAAAAGGUGAUAAGCAAACCAAAACUACUAGUGUUACCAAACCAAAUGUUAUGAACAAAGAUGGAAAUAAAUCUUUGCACAAUAUGCCAACUAUUCUACAGGGCAUAUCUCGCUCAUCAUCAUCUUUGAUCACUUCAGCAUCAGUCCAAAACAAACCUCCAGUAGUAUCCAGUGUAGUAAAAACUGGAAUUGAAGUUGGCAAACUUUUAUCUGUGGCCGAUGCAGGAAAAGGUUUGCAGUCUAAAGUUAUUGUUAAUGAUGCAAAAGGAUUACCAGUACCAAUGCAACUUGUAGCGGUGAACAAUAAACUGUAUCUUCUUCCAGUAUCAAGCAACAUUGGCACUCCACUUGCGCCGUCGGUGUUUACUGGGCCUUUGCUAAACAGUGCAUUGACCACAAUGCCAGAUGUAAGGUCUAGAUUAGCGGCAGGGGUGAAUCGAUUGGUAGGGCGUGAUCCCGUGCAAGUUAUUAAUGCCAUGAACCAGCCUACACAUAGAAACAUAUUUUCGUCUUUGCCAACAUUUAGCCAGUCUUCAACAAUAAAUAUGCUACCACUUUCUACAUCUAAUCGUCUGGCUUCCAGUCUGUUGUCUGGUUCAACAGUUUAUUCAGUGCAGUCCAAUACUAAAACGGGUGCACCCAGAGGUUCACAAUCUCCAGUUGUUAUUCAAGCACCGCUUAUUAUGAAAGCGACCUCGGCCAUACCUUCCGAUUCGGGUACGCCAGCAUCUGAUAAAAUAGGUGAUACACAACAAGAGACCAAGACAAUGGAAAAGAUUGUACCAUGGAAACUGCCCUGGAAUUAUGAAAUUAAAAGUGAACCUGUGACUGAAGGAUAUGGCGAUGAAGAGGAAUCGCAAAAGACUGCAGAAGUAAGCAAAACCGCCAGUGAUCAGGUAAUGACCAUCAGGUUGCCCUUUCAGAAAUCGGCUCCGGCAAUACAAUCUGCACCAUUACCUGGGGUUUCUAGCAAUGAUGUUGGUGGAAACACUUCAAAUAAUGCCACUAGUUGUUCAUCUUUUCAAGUAAUUCAACAAUCUUGCAUCCCGUCCAAGUUUGUUAAAACCAAUCAGGAUUUGAUUGUAGCAUCUAGUCAGAAUGACAGAAUACAAAGAUUGAAGGAAAUUCUCAGAGAAAAGGAACAAAUGUUGGAAGAACUCAAGCGAAAACAAGCAUAUUUUCAUUUAUAGUCCUAUGGUUUGUUUACAUUAUUAAUAUGAAGAUUUUCAUGCUUUGUUGUAUUGGCUUUUAAAAUAAUUAUUUGAAUAUCGUGCUAUUUCUGUUUUAUGGUGAAAAUGAUAAAUUUGUUCUGUAUUUUAUGCUUGUUCUAACUGUCCAUCGUGACCGCGUUAGUUUUGUUAAUGAUAUAAAUGGACAACUCUUCUUUUAUUGAAACUGACAGCUGGAAUGACCUUCACAAUCAAUUAGAUAACGCACAAUAAUACUGAUGCCAGUAAUGGGUAUUAUUGGCAUGACUUUAUAACAUACUGUUAAUAUUAGGAGUAAUCUUUCAGUAUGGAGAGUCUUGAAAUUUAAAUUAAACUGUUUGAUAUGAAACCACCUUUUUUUCUUCUUCUUCAUCUUAUUCAUGUCAAUUACUAGACUUAGUUUCAAAGCAUGUUUUUAUUUCGUUUAUAUCUUCAUAUUUUGACAGGUCAUAUUUAAUAAUUGUUUCAUAGUUUCUAUGAAAGCUCAGUGUAAAAAGUAUAUGUAAUUCUGAUCGUUUUACGUGUACAUAACUCACAUGUUUUAAUCCAGAGGUGGAUUCUAUUCUGCCCCUGAAACGUCCAAGAAUACCAACACCAUCUAAGACUGUUCUGGAUCUGCUAAUGAAUCGUAUCAAAGAUUACCUUUGUAUAUUUGGGUUACUUCCUCCAACACCUUCAUGCGUGCGUGGUGUCAAUUUGGUCUGCGUUACCAAAAUGUACAGUCAUGGCGCAAAAAUAAACCUCUUAUUUAAAUUA